UGAAUUUGAAAUGAGAUCGUCAUGAUGUGGUCAAAAUGGCGGACGCUUUUAUACAACACGGCAUCAAUUUGGAUCCCCUAAGUCUAGAUAAGACCGAAAAUGAUAGUAUUUAUCCUGAAAGCAGUCUAGAUGGGUCGUCCUCAAGCCCGAAAAGCGUCGAAUCCGACUGGAGUUUUACGACUUUUGAGAGCAAGCUAAGUUCAGAUGCAGAAUACGAAGAUCGCCCUGUCUUUGCUCUCCCAAACGGGGAUUUAACGGACAAAAAGUGCUCUAUUGUCGAUGGAUUACUAUUUGAAAUAUAUGACCAGUAUCAUACUAGAGACUCCAUAGAUAGCGAUAACAUUACUGAAUGCUCCACGACUUCAGGCAGUUUUUAUGGAGGAUCUUUUGAUCUUGAAGAUCGAGGUGAAAAAUGGACACGGCAUGCUCUGCAAACCAAAGAUGUUGACGAGCUUCGAACGUUGGCAAAAGAAUUCAAAACAAGAAUUUCCAUGCUCUCUGCAAAACUCGUGAAACAGCUAAAAAGAAGGGAUAAAAACGCUUACAAGCUCCAAAAAAACUUUGACAUCUUGACCGCUGUUUUACAAGCGGUUUCACAAAAAAGAAGAGUUGAUACCCGAAUAAGAUUUUCCUACAUUCCUCAAAAUGGAAAGAAAUCAUUUAGACAGUGGCUGGAUGCCUUCAAGGCCAUAGCCCGCCUGCCCCAGGGUGUUCCGUACCAAUGGAGGAAGAGGUUGUGGCUUUGUCUUGCCGAAAAUAAAGUGAAUGAUUUGGACUGGCAAAAGACCGUGAAGUUUUGUUUUAAUGAGCGCAGUAACCCAGAUGAUGAUGAACUGGGCUCACAAAUUGUUAAGGACCUCCAUCGUACUGGUUGCGCGUGGUUCUGUGGUAAUGAUACCCCUGAGGAGCGCGCCGCUCUCAAGCGUGUCUUACUGGCCUAUGCACGCUGGAACAAGUCUGUAGGUUACUGCCAAGGCUUCAAUGUGAUCGCGGCGCUUAUUCUACAAGUCAUGGACAGAAGCGAAGAGGACGCACUCAAGGUCAUGAUCUAUGUCAUCGAUCACGUGCUGCCCACCAACUACUUCUCGAACAACCUUCGGGCACUGUCGGUUGACAUGGCUGUGUGCCGAGACCUGAUGCGUCUCAAGCUUCCCAGGCUCUCUCGGCACCUAGAAAACCUCCAGGCCCAGGCCACCGCGCAUCACGGCGGCACGUCAGUGUAUGAGCCACCGCUCAUCAAUGUGUUCACGAUGCAAUGGUUUCUGACGCUCUUCGCCACGUGCUUGCCGCAGGAGAUCGUCCUACGCGUUUGGGACUCGGUGCUGCUCGAGGGGUCUGAGGUGUUGCUCAGAGUCGCGCUCGCUAUCUGGGCCAAGCUUGGCAAGCGUCUUGAAGAUGUGGAGACCUCGGAUGAGUUUUACGGCAAGAUGGGUUUGUUGAUACAAGAGAUCGCCGUGGGUAAUCUCAUUGACUGCCGAUCAAUCAUGCAGGCAGUGUACUCUCUUGCGCCCUUCCCUCUGCCGGGUCUUGCUGCUCUGAGAGAGCAGUAUACGUACAACAUCCAUCCGUUCAGCGACAGUCAGGAGAAAGCUCCUCGCUCUCUUGGCCACGCAUCGAGUGACGAAGAAGAGGAUGAUGCCGACCUAGAUAACGUGGGAUGCUUGGGUGUCUUGCUGCCCUUCUCCGAAUUUUCCCCACCCUCGCCAGCAAAGAGCAGCUCAGACGGGGAAACGCCCAGUAGACGUUCCAGUGAUAUUGCCGAGGCGAGCCCUGGCGUGUUUGCCACCGAUACUUACAGUCCACUGUCGUACAGUGGUAAGACAUCCCCAAGGCACGAGCCGUCGGAUCAAGUAAAUAAAGAAAUGAGCUACCUCCAGAAGCAAUACAGCCGAAUGCGCCAGAUGCAACAACAAGCUGUUGUAGUAUUCUCGGAAGCAUCCGUCCAAAAUAUAAAAGAUGCGGACAAGACUAGCAAGAACUCCACGGCCGCCAUCAAUCACCUGUUUGUAUCUGCGUCUAAAAAGAAGGCAACUGGUACCCGUGGUCAGGAAGAAUCGGUGGAGAACACGGACGAGGCAAAGGCCAAACAGAACGCGUACACGCGCGAGAGCAUGGCUCACCUCAACGCACUCUUUAAAGGCAACGAGAAAAAGGAAGACGAAAAGGAACGAUUCGCGGCUAAGCUGAAGGCUCGUUCAGCCUCCGUGCCUGCUGCUGUUGGGACUCGACCAAAACUUGAGCAUAUGGAUCUUAACGGCGAGGUUUGCAAACUAGAAGGUUCUAAACGGAAGGGUGUUAGCGCGGGACAUCAAUCGGUAUCGCUCCACCCGUCGGGUCAAAAACCGCGGGUGACUAUCGUCGACACUGUUAACGAGUCUACUUUAAGAGGCUCUUCUUCUGCUGUAGAGGUGCUGGACCAGAAUAGUCCGGCUAUACUAAACUCUAAGGCUAACUAUGUGUCUCACGGUGGCGGCAGUACUAUUACUAAAGCUAGCAGGACUCCAGCUGCAUCUGACCCCAUGCCCAAGUCAUGGCUAAUGCAGGAGGACCAGCGCUGCAAGUACCCUACUAAUUUCAGACCAUUCCCACAAAGAAACAAGACUGCAAACAGGAGUAGGAUGUUAUAUGGUAUGUCGAACAAGGGCGCCAAGAGAAUGGAGGCUUUUCACGGAAAGAAGGACUUACGCUCAAAUGGUAACUUCUGGACGGAAGACUCGAAGAGCUAGCAGUGAAAUACUAGUGGUAGAAAAUGUUUUAUGGAAGUUUCUUGAAAUAGUGUCUUAUCACAUACCCAAGGAAUUUUUUCUCACGUAUUUUUAUGGUGACCAAAAAUGCAAAGAAUUUAAAUGGUUGUAAACAAGCUAAAUUAAUGCUAUGUAGUGACAAUCAUAUUUAAGGUUGUUAAGGUUUACUGCAAGUUGGAGUAUUCUGCGCAGCAUGGAGUCGUGGGGUAAGCCAAGCCAAGUGGGGUAAGAAUUUCGAUUACGGAUUAA